GGGGAAGAUUGAUGACACACAGUCCCAGUUGUGAUUGUUCCCCUUUUAUAGCAAAUUAUUGAUAUAGAAUACCCUUUCCACCUUUUUCCAGUUCAGGUGAUUCUUCUUCCUGUACCUACAGACUUCUCAAAUCCCUAAACACAGAAACUGAGGCAGUCCUCUUCUUUAUAGUGUUUGCUGUGUUCUUCUCAGCCAUCUUCUCAACCUCAACAUUCAGUAACGAGAUAAGCAAAGAGUGCAGUUUCUUCACCCAGCUUAAUACCAUGCAGUUAUACCACCACCCAUAUUCAAUAGAUAGCCAAAGGGUGAGACUUGCUUUGGAAGAAAAAGGCAUUGAUUACACAUCAUUCCAUCUCAAUCCUGUAACCGGCAAGAAUAUGAAUGCCUCAUUCUUCAGAAUGAAUCCAAGUGCAACACUCCCGGUUUUCCAGAACGGCGAACACAAGAUUUUCAAUACAAUCGAGAUUAUUCAGUAUGUAGAAAGAAUUGCAAGUGUCUCUACAGGCGCUGAGAACAUGACCUUCAGUGGCAGAGAAGUCACUGGAUGGAUGCACAGAAUACAACAAUGGAACCCCAAGUAUUUCACACUAGCCCACAUCCCGGAAAAGUACUUCCGUUCUGUCUCCAAAUUCUUGAGGCGGGUGGUGAUGGCUCGAAUGGAGGAAUCUCCUGAUUUAGCAGGUGCUUAUCACAGUAAGUUGCAAGAAGUAUAUGACACAGAAGACAAGUUGAAAAACUCAAGCGUUAUGAUACAAGACAAGGAACAUCUAAUAAGACUUCUAGAUGAAGUUGAGAAACAGCUAAAUGAAACAACAUAUUUAGUAGGGGAUGAGUUUACAAUGGCAGAUGUGAUGCUCAUUCCGGUGCUAGCACGGUUGGUGCUCUUGGAUUUGGAGGACGAGUAUAUAGGUAGCCGGCCAAACAUUGCUAAAUACUGGAUUAUGGUGCAGCAGAGGCCUAGUUAUAAGAAAGUGAUUGCAAGUCAUUUCAAUGGCUGGAGGAAGUACAGAACUUUGUGGAAAACCUGGUGCUCUAUUCACAUCAGAAGCAUUCUAAGGAGAUUCUGA